AUGCAGGACUUAUUAACGACUACUCCAUUAGUCAAAUUCAUAGCAGUAAAGAAGACAAACAGAAAGUUCAACCGAUUCCAGAGUGACCAGUUUAAGAGAUUAAGCAAGUCUUGGAGAAAGCCAAGAGGUAUUGACAACAAAGUAAGAAGAAAGGUAAAGGGUACUAUGGUCAUGCCAACUGUUGGAUUCAAGGCCGACAAAUUAGUAAGACAUCUUCUUCCAAACGGAUUUAGAAAGGUCAUAAUCCAGAACAUAAAGGACUUAGACGCACUUAUUUCUCUUAACAGAGUAUACUGUGGAGAGAUUGCCCAUGCAGUUGGUGCAAAGAAGAGAAUAGAAAUCGUAAAAAGGGCUGCAGAUCUAGGAAUAGUGCUUACAAAUGGAACUGCCAGAAUAGCUGCUCAGAAACUUGACUAAAUAAUCUGAGUACCAUAAAGU